AUGAAGGGGAUUUUGCCGCUCUUCCUGUUUGGAUAUCUAUCAACCGUGUCCGGCACGAUCCUCUGGGAUGGAAGGUUCAAUAACUACACGACCGCCACCGACUUCGAUCAAUGGUCCUGGAGCAACCAGGUGGGCACGUAUCAGACGUACAUUUACGGGGAGACCGCAUCUUCGUGGUUGACGCUUGGCAGCCAGUACAAGAACCCUGCUACGACGGGUGAGAAGCAGGGUGUCAAGGUCAAGAUCAACGCCACAUCGACGUGGAAUGGGGGUCCCAUGCUCAGGACUGAGCUCUUGCCACAAACGACCAAUUCUCUCACCGGACACCUCUACUUCCAUGUCUCGUUGCAGAUUCCCACCGUCAAUCCCCCAGAUCCUGCAUACGAACAUCAGAUCGUGUUCUGGGAAGGCCACUAUGCUGACAUCAAGUAUGGCCAGCUUUCCGGGCAAAAUGGCGUCGCGGACACCCUCCAGGUCAUCACCGGAGGGGAAAGCAUCUGGUCCGUCCAGCCUGUGAGAGGUACCUGGUACAACUUCAUCCUGGAAGUCGGUUCGCCCGGCGGCCUGUGGGUAUCCACUGGUAGCAAUGCCCUGCAGAAGGUGUACACCGGAUCUCUGAACGGUAACGGCGGCACAGACUGGCAUGUGGGUGCGCUUCGGCUGCCCAUCAACGGCAAUGCACAGCAGAUCAACGAGACGGACCUCUACUAUAGCGGGGUCUACGUUGAGGAUUCAGGCCCCACCACCCAGCCCUGA